GAUGAUUGGGUGGAUUGGAUUGGAUUGGAAUUGAAUUCAAAUUGAAUCUGAUGAAUGCUAAAUAAUUCUUUUUAUUUUUCUUUCUUUUUGGCACAAUCUACAACCUUUUACAAUAAUUGGUUGAACUUACUUUACUCAGCAAAACUCAGUGAUCAACAAUUCAUCAUCAUCUAAUCCAUAAUCAAACCAUCAACUCAUUAAUCGGUUAACACUCAUCGAUCCUAACUAACUCUAUACAUCCAAGCUCAACUUUAGAAGAUUACUCAUUGACUCUCUACUUACUUACUUAUAUAUUAUAAAUUAUCAUCAUUUCACUUCAUCAAAUCAAUUCAAACCAAUUCACAUCAAACCAAUUCACUUCACAUCAAUCUCCAUUCGCUCGUUAAUCUUUACAUUUCUUAAUUAUCUACCUUUCAACCUCAAUUACCUCAAUCAUGGGUAAUUGUUUCUCUACUUCAAGUGCAGGUGAUCCUCAUUCUAAAAACUCAAAGACAAUCGAUCGUCGAUUAAAAGAAGAUGAGAAACGAAUGGCUAAGGAAGUGAAGAUCUUAUUAUUAGGUGCUGGAGAGUCAGGUAAAACAACCGUACUUAAACAAAUGCAAAUCGUUCAUAAUCGAGGUGGUUUUACUGCUACACAGAAAGAAGAAUAUCGUCAACAGGUCUUUAUCAACGUUUGUGAUGGGAUGAAAGUUUGUUUAGAGGUCAUGAGUCGUGAACAAAUCGAACUUGAAGAUGAAACUUUAAUGGAUUGUGUGCCUCUUUUUAGCUCUUACACUGAUCUAAAUCCUGGUCAACCUUAUCCAACUCAGUAUCUUGAACCAUUAAAACGACUUUGGGUUGAUGGUGGUGUAAGGAAAGCCAUGGACUUGGGUCACGAAUGGGCAAUGCCUGAAAAUAUGCAUUACUUCUUUCCCGACCUGGAUCGAUUGUUUAACCCAAACUACAUUCCUACGGAUCAGGACAUACUUUAUUGUCGAGGAAAAACUACUGGUAUCACAGAAACUACAUUCACUGUCUCUGAACUCAAGUAUCGAAUGUUUGAUGUUGGAGGUCAACGAAGUGAAAGAAAAAAGUGGAUCCAUUGUUUUGAAGGAGUAACAGCUGUUCUUUUCCUAGUCGCCAUCAGCGGUUACGAUGCAACACUUUUGGAAGAUGGGGAUGCAAAUCAAAUGCAGGAAGCUCUGAUGUUGUUUGAUACGAUUACUAAUUCACAGUGGUUUACUCAAACUUCAAUGAUCUUGUUUCUUAACAAGACAGAUCUAUUCAAACAAAAACUUUUCUAUUCACCCAUCUCUCGAUACUUUCCUGAUUAUGUUGGGGAUGAUACAGAUUACGAGGCUUCUCGGUCAUAUUUCAAAGAUCGAUUUGUUCGUCUUAACCGAUCAUCAAAAAAAGAAAUCUAUACACAUUAUACAUGUGCAACAGACACCUCGCUCAUGAGGGUUGUGAUGGCUUCAGUGACUGAUAUCAUCAUCACCCGAAAUCUGCAGAGUAUUAUUCUUUAGUGGUCAAACCUUAUCUUUCUGAUCUCAAUCUGUCACCUUUAUCCUUUCAAUACUCCAAUCUCCUACAAACACGUGUCCCAACCUUUAAUAUGUUCAUGAUCUGUUGUUCAAGUUUGGUAUGAACAAGUAGCAAAACUCGACCUCUCACUUCAACAUCUUUCCUCAUCUGUCAUCGUUCGCCCUAGGGCACUCAACAUACCUUCUUUGCUGUUCCUCUGUCUGAGCUUUGGUCUCCCUGAGCACGAGCCUUGCAGAAUUUGUUUGACUUUCGUUUCAAGGGUGUAGCGUGCUACUAUGAACCUCUCCAUCUGCUCGUAUAUCUCAACCUGUGGAAGGGAUGGGUAGAAUUUUUGAUUUUUACUUUCAUCCCUUUGGGUUACUACUCUCAAACACACCUACUCUAAUCCGAUCCCGUGCCUAACUGUUCAUGCGUCGCCUAAGUCCUGGAAGAAAUCAUGUGUUUUAUUUGAAGCUCUUUCAACUCUUGCUCUGUUUGAUCAUCACCACCACCACCACUCAUAGGACAUGUCAUCUAUAUCUCUUGCAUAUUGCUCACAUAUCUUUCUCUCGUUAUAUUCCUUUGUCUCUUUUUUGAUUUUUUCCUUUUUUUCUCCUUCUACCUCCCUCCCUCGAUCCGUCUUCUCUCUCUCUUUUUUUUUCUUUUUUCUUUUUCGCAAUCCUCAUUAUUGUUUAUUUGUCAUGUUGUACCUUUUUUUUUCUUGACUCCUUUUUUCUGAGGGUUUUGUUUUUUGCCAGGGAAAUUGAGAUGAAGUUUUUUUUUUUUGACUCUGAUGGGUGGUUUUUGGGUGAUUUGUUUAACAAGUUCUUUUUUCUUUGAUAAUGUCCUACAUAUCUAGAUUAAAGACUUUAUUUUAUAAGAAUCAAAUCAAGGGCUGAUUGUUUGGGUGUUUGGGUGUUUUUUUUCUUCUCAUGUGUCUUUUUUUUUUGUAUGAUUGACGAUUUUUUUUUAUCUUUGAAGAAGAGUAGAAUUUAAUGGAAUGUCUUUUGUUGUUAUGAUAAUUUUAAAUACAUUUUUGAUAAGU